ACAAAAGCAGCAACGUGCCUCAAGAGGAAGAGAGCACAGCUCCAGCCUUGGGAAAGAUGAAGUGAGUGAUGGCCACAAGGAGAUGGGGCGGGAGGAGGAUGUUAUCAGCAGCCGUUCCAGUCACAAGCAAGCGCUGUGCUCUCCUGGCUCUCCAGUCGCUCCUGCCAGAGAGACUCCAGGAGCACAAGGGCUACAGAAGCUCUGACUGCAAGCCGUAGCCUCACCAUUGCCCUGCUCCAGACCUCUGCUGCCCAAGGCAAUUUGUCUGUCGUUUACUUUUGACAAACCAGCUGCUUUUCCUGGAGGACCCCAGGGCCCUCUCUCCUCUUUUUUAACCUCUGUGUGCCUUCCCAAGCCCUGCCCUGUUUAUUCCUUGCCACUUCUGCCACAUGCUGAACUUGCCUGCAUGCCCUUGCAGCCAUCCACGCAAGGUGCUGAGUUCACCUUCCAUCUUCUACAGCUUAGGGCAAAGAAAAAAUCACUUGGAUAAAACCCUGGAGCCAGCAGUGGGAAACCACGUGCCCCGCUGCGUGGCUGUUUGCUCCAGAUCCUUUUGUGCAGACAUCAGCUCCCAUAACCCUCCUAAAGACAUCACGAGGCUGCACAGCGCUCAGCGCAGCUGCACUUACAGACCAAAAGCCUCACAGCAGGACAAAAGCUGCUUGCUGCUAACCCUCCCUCAGCACUAAUCCCACCGGCGGGCUCUGAGUCACCUCAGCUGAAGGUCAGUUCUCCGGAGGAAAAUUCCAGCUCAUUGUGCCCGGUGUGGUGCUGGAGAACUCGCUGGGAGCCACGAAGGAAGCGCUCAGGGCCACAGCUGACAGCACCACACUGCAACUGCUGCUCGGUCUCCAGCUGCUGUGAGCACUGUGCCACCAGUGGGACAUGCUGGAGCCCUUCUCCACUCUCUGAGCCACUUAGAACGUCGCCCAUCAUCACCAGAAGGUGUUUUGUUGGGAAAGCACAGCUAGGGAAGGGCCAAGGCAGAAAACAUCUGCACCCUCCUCCACCACAGCUUCAAAGACUGAUCCAUGAGCAGCUCUGAUCCCCAGAGCUUCAACGUGUUCCUUCUCUUUAGGGCUGCACUGCUGCUGCAAGGGCACACUGACACCACUGGAGUUCUGCACAGACCUCACCAGGCUCCUGGCACUGUGCUCAAAGCUGAUCAGGGACUCAACAAAGGUCCGUGGCAAGGCAUCCAAGCAAGCUAUGCGUGCAUCCCCAGCAGGCCCCACAUGAUAGUGGUGGGAGAGCUUGGCACUCUGCGACUCCGAGCUGCCACAGCAGCUCACAUUGGGUGCAGUUUGCCGUCACAUCUGAUGUGCUCACUUGACUGCGGCGGGUCAGCAUGAAACCCGAGCUGCAGAUUUGCGGGAGCCUCUUUGCCAGGAAUCUGGAGAUCAUCUCCAGGAUGCCACAGGAACCAUCUGGUGCAAACUGCGACUGUAACGAGGCUUCUCCUACCAGACAUAAUGACAGCCUAGCAGUCAGGGAGGAAACCUGCAGAGCUGAAUGCUCAGAAAGGAUUUCUCUUCCACCCACUAAUACGGGUCCUGUGGCUGGAUCAAAUGAUUGACGAGACAUAAAUCCCAAAUCUUAAACACUUAUUAAAAAUCCACACGCCUUUGUUUUUCUGCUUUGCUGGAUGGAUUGGAGCUUCAGGCCCGGGAUCCCGGCCAAGCCCUGAGUCAACCCUUUCUGCCGCUCCCCAUCGCUCCCCUGGUUUAACUGGAGGCAGCAGCACGCAGCCCCUCGCAGGACACGGCUGCAGCUCCGGCUGCCUGGUGGCACAGCACAGCUGUGUGCCCUGAGCUGCGCCUCAGCUGCGCCGCAUCCCCAUGAUGCUCCCACACCUCAGUAGCAGAGGUGGCACGGCUGGUGCUGCCGGGAGCCCCGUGCCCAAGCAGACCCAAGGAAACCCGUGCUUCCCGAGCCGGCCCAAGGGCAGCGCAGCUCAGAGCGCCCAGCUCCAGCCCCUGUCCUGCCUUUCCCUGCGGCGGUGCUCUGUACUUCUGUUACUUCUGUUUUUUCUCUCUUCAGACACCGUCUCUCUCUGAGUGGUUUCCCUCAUCUGCACAGCCUGGGUCUCGGCAGAGCUGUGCUGUCCUCCCCUCACCCGACGCGUGGCAUUUCCUCCCAGGGCUCCUCUGCUCAACUCCGGCACGAGAUGAAACCACACUUCCACAAAACCGAUUUUAAGUUCAGAGAUAUCCACCAAGAUUCAUAGCUCUCAAGGCCCAGCGGGACACUUAGGCUCAUCCAGCCUUGUCAUUCUGCACAUUUCAGUCCAGAAAACCUCACCCAAUAAUUUCUGCAUCAGAUCCAUAAUUUCCACUGGAACUAUAUCUAGUGUCAAAGCAAAGCUUUAAAGGUGGCAGGGAGCCCAGCUCAGACGCUCGGCUCUGAGAGGAGCUAUGAAAGUACAGAACAUAAUCGACUUUAAAGCCUUCUUUCACUGUGAGGGCUGCGAUGACCCCCAGCGCCCAGCAGCCCUGCCUUCAGCAGCGACAAGGACAGCUUCAGGACCAGCGGCUGCCGAGCUCGGUGCUGCUGACAAGAGACUCAUUCUUUGUGAAUCAAAGUCUGUCUAAACUGGGAAUAAAAAGAACAUCUUAACAGAACUGUGUUUUUUAAAGCACAUUUCAAAAACAUUUCCUGCUGGCGCUGUUUGAACAGCGGCCACUGCGGAAUCGGCAAAACAGGCUGAGGAAGGCAGAGUCUAAAAAUUAAAAAUAAAAACAAUCGGAGUCCAGUCUCCUCGGUAAACAUUUGGGAAGCAGGCUGAUCUGGUGGGCACAGCAGGGGCACUGAGGACCCUGGGUUUUUCCCAACCACGCCGCCUGCGCACCGCAUCACUUGGAGCGAGGCUCGUCGGCUCCGUGCUCCUCGGUCUCCCUGAGCACCCGGCGGCAAUAAGAAGAGCCCUUGCCUCCCACCUGGCUCUGAAAGGCUGCAGGGAGCAGGCUGACGGCAGCGCUGGGGCUACUGGGGGGACAUGGAGGGGAAGGCCGGGGCUGAGGAGGGCCUCGCCGAGCUUCACGCUGCCCAUCACACCAUCCGGUUGUGCCACGCUGGAGAACGAUGCCAGGGCUGGAACUAAAAUGUACAGAAACGGAUUCGCUGAAGACAAUACUGGCCUCAGAAAAGAGAAGCAAAUUGACCGUGAAAUAAUAGGGAUUUUCAGACUUCAAAGAGGCAUAAUGAACACCAGAAAGCAGCCUGACGACCCAAGAGAUGCGCUGAGGGACUCUGAGCAGCUCUUUGAGCCCUGCCCACUGUCACACACACGAUGGAUCUCGUUACCCCAAAGCCACGCUGAUGUUUUGUCUCACAUUUCCCCACCAAAGCCCGUUCCUUAGCAGCCAGAUGCAAAUUGUUCUUCACCGAGCAACUAUCUUUCCCCAUGCAGUUGCUCACCACCACCAUCCCCGAGUUCUGCCAUCCUCUGGGCCACGAGUCUCAUUGCUUUAGAGCUGUCCCACGACCACAAGUUGUAUUGGAAUAUUCCUGAACCUCCAGGUCAACUUUGCCGCUGCAAAAACAGCUCCUGAUCCCAUCCAGCCUGUGUCACACGAGAUUUCAUUUCCUACCACAGCAACAGUACCAUCUUUGUGUCAAAACGCCAGGACACAAACAAGCAGGUUUUACAGGACAAACCUCCAAGGGUGGCCCCCAUUGGCAUUCCUCCCCACACGAAGAGCUGCCAAAUAUUCCCAGUUUGGAUGGGGCUUUAAAAGAUCCCAAAAAUAUCAGGUGCCCAAAGCACUGGCUUUGUGUUGUUGCACGCAAUGGCUUCGCCUCAGGAGGAGACCAAUGCAAAAAGGGUAACCCAGCUUGCCUGGGCCAGAAGGUGGCCACUGAAAAAUGGCCCUGGCCAUCAAACAGCCACUGCUGCACGAGCUGCUCCUCACCAGCUGGGUUAAACCUGCCUCUCUUCUUUCCAGGCUGAUAGGAAAUCUCAGAGCUUGCAGAUAUUUCCCUGGCCCAGCCAGCAUUUCAGAAACACUGCCCAGUGGCAACCAGCAAAGGCGGGUGCAGUUAGUUGGUGUUCUACCGACAGCUUGAUAAAAGGCCUUUGCUGCAGAAUUAAUUUCACCCCUCGUGCUGGGCUGCCGAUGCAUUUAGGAAAAGUGGAACUAUAAGGAAAAGGUGAGAGAGAACAGAGAGAGACAGAGGCCCUGCAAAGGAGGAAAAACACUGAGUGGGGAGAAUCCAAAUGCUCAAAGCUGUGAGAGAAGGAAACUGUCCAAAAUGUUAGGUGCAGAGCAACAGCCACACAGACCUGGGGAGCUCAGUCCCCACUGGGGACGUGGCUGGCAGUCUGGGAUCUCAUUGCUUUCAUUCUAUACACAAAGUCAUCAUUUUAAAUGUUCUCACAGCAUGCUCCCACAGCUUUGCAGCUUUAAAGCCACCUGCUUGCCAGCUCAUUGAGCCUCCGGGGGCUUCAGGCUUGCAGGGUGCACACGGCAUGGCUGGGGCAGCGGUGAGGGCAGGGUGAGUUACAUGGAAGAAGCCAAGAGCAUCGUGCAGCAGUCACUGGGAUCAGAGAGAAGGGAAGGGUGGAUGGGAGAGGAGUGGGUGGACAUCAACUGGAGCCAAACUGGCAACGUAUCAAUGGGUGGAGGCCACGCUACAGUGGAAGAAAACCAUCAGAUGGAAGGAGGUGCACCCACCACCACCUCAUCCAGCUCUACAAACAGGCCAGGUCCUCGUCCUCAGCAAAAAGCAUCCUUCGAGCACAUAAAAUAAAAGCAAUAAGAUGGAUCUGAACUCAUCUCAAAUAUCACUGCUGCUGAUGGGUUACUUGCACAUGGCUGAAAGCCAGGAUUUCUCUGGGACUGCCUGGAGAUGGAGCACCUGCACCCCAUCUGCUGCCCGUCCCCCUGGCUCUUCAAACACUGCUCCAUGCCAGGGAACGUCGCAGAGCAUCACCUGCACCCUCUGCCACCAGCACCCAGUGCCAGGGAGAGACAGAAGCUCAGCUGUAAAUGGGGGACAGCCAAAGUCCCCACGCACCUCCCCAGGCUGUCUGAGCGCCCUUUUGCAGCCAGAAGGGGAGCCUGGAGCCCGAGAGGGCAACUGCUGAUCUGCACUGAUGUACAAAACUAGAUCUGGAUCCCCUUCAAAGCUGCAGUCAGGCUUUAGGAAGCAACAGAAUAUUUUCACAUGGAGUAGUGUACGUGUAGCAAUUUCAGUACACCAGAAUUGUUAAUACUAACAAAAAUAAAGAUUACACAUGGAAAAGACCAUCUCCAAUGUUGUAUCAAAACAGUUCUGACCUGCAACACCAAAGCAACACCCCAAAUCUAUAUUUAUACAGUUUCAAAACCUGUAUUUAUUUGCUCUGCCCACAACGCCUCCAAGAAGGAGAGGAGGGGAGGCCAACGGCUCCCAUUACCAGGCACGGGAAUGUUUGCUAACUGUUAAUCAAUUAAGAAAGAGAGGAGGCAGAAGAAUCCCAGCUCCUCCACCCCAUCCCAGCAGCGCGGGUCCCCGGGGAGCUGUGGGUCCGGGGCUGGAUGCUCCCAGCCCUGCGGCAUCCUGCCCUGCAGCGGGAGCACCGACACUGCUGCCAUUGUCAGCGCUGGACUCCAAGCCACCCGCGAGCCACGAGCAGAGCCUGGCUGAGCUUUUGAGGAUCACUGUACGAUCGCCGGCCAGCCUGAGUCACCCCUGGGCUGCAAAGCCCAGUGUGGGCAAGCCAGAGGCUGUCAGCAAGCAGCUCUAAACUCAAGCAGCUCAAAACUCGAGCAGCACGGAGCCCAGAGGCCCCUCUGGCCGCCAGGCCAGGUGCCAGGCGCAGCAGAUGCCAGUCGGCUCCCGCCACAGGAAUGCGCUCACCGAGGCCUGGAAAUCAAAACCAUUAGGGGAAAGAACUUCCUUUUAUUCCACAUCUGUGCCUGCAGAAAUGGAGCCGAGAAGCAGACGCCUUUUCCCCAGUAGCCCUGCCCCGCUGCCGCCCCACAGCAGGACCCGGCGGAACACAGCAUCCACCAAAGCUCUGCGGCACCAGCAAGGCUGGCAGGAGCCCUCGCUGCAUUUCCCCACCCUGCACCAGCACAGCGUGGGGGCAGCUGUGGCACCUUCACAAGGAACUGUACAGGUCUUACCCAAGCUUGAGCCUGACCUCUCUGGCCAUAGCACCCUUAUCUGUGCCGGGAGAAAUUCCCUGGCCCCAAAAAUCCACAGUCUCAGCCAGCAAACAGAGAAGAAAGUGAAAUUUGUGCUCAGAGGAAAAAAGAAUAGAGGAUGGCUUGAGGUUUGUACAGCCUAACCUCUGCAAGGGGUCUCGUUCCAGAGACACACGGGUGGGAUGUAGUCAUGGACAGAGUUUGCAAAGACCUUGCAUCUUUUAGGGCCAGUCCGACUCAGGCUAGCAGAGAUUUCUGCAUAAAUGGUACAGUGAUGGCCAGUAUUUCUUUUGGGAGAAGAUGGGAAAACCAAGUACCAAACAUUAGCUGCAGUCAGGAGGGAAGCACAGAUACACCACCAGCUCCAGCAUCCAACAGAAGCCGGCUGACUUUUAAAGCACACCUUCAGCUGCUCUUGCACAGCAGAGCUGGUGCACAACCUUCAGGAACUGCUGAACAAAUGGGGUCAGGUUAAGACUAAGGCAGUUGAAUCCGUUCAGAGAAGAAUCAGUCAGUGGAAAGAAGACGAUGAUGUUUUAGAGGGUUUUUUGUUUUUUUUUUUCCUUUUCCACUCUCAUGCAGGUCUGAGGGUUCCUCUGUGCACCCCAUUUUUCCUGACUCACAGAUUCUGACAGAAGUGAUGCUCAGUGACCAUAGCGCGUGCUUUGUGCCCAGUCGUUGCAGCGACACAAACAAAAGCACCUCUCACCUUUAUUUCCAGCAUGAGCCCGGCGGUCCCACAUCUCUGGGGAGGCAGGAGGAAUGGCUUCAUGCUGAAGCGGUGGUGAGGCCCCAGCUGCUCUACAGCAGGGCGUUGCACGUCAACACAAACAAACAUUGGAAGAGUGACAUGGCCUGGUUUGCACUGAGGUCCCACAUGACAUCACCGUGUAGCCAAUCCCAUCUGCCUCGCAGGCUCAUCAGAACCUACAUUCACACCCCAGAAGCCCCCUCUCUCCCCCCAGAUAAGUCAUGCACUGAAAACGCCAUUUAAACUGACAGCUGCUGCUCCGAGCUGAGGCUGCCAGGCCGUUUGCAUAACACUGGAGCAUGCUCAGUGGCGCUGGCUAAUUCCUCACUGCAACAAUGGAAAAACCCAGAAAUCUCUGUGAAUAAGCCAGUCUGUGUCCUAAGUCAGCCCUUGGAUUUCCUCCCUUUCUUGAGACUGUCUCGCCUCUGCAAAAGCUCCACUGGGGCUCCGUAUCCAGCUUCAGCAGCAGAAAUCUCAACAAGCUCACAGUUAUGUGCUCGGCUCUCCGCUGUUUGCUACAGCCAGGAACUGGCUGGAAAUCAGUUCAAAAUGUUCCACAUCCAAACCCCACCCCGCAACUCCUGGAUCUCUCCCUUCUCACUCCCCUCAGCAGGCACUGGGGCUUUUAACUGCUUUGCUUUAUCUGCAAGGAACAUCCUGUCCAUGUCACAACUCCCUGCAACUGCUGCUGCAAGACAUGCACCAGCGCAGCCCCGCUCCUGCUCCAGCAGUCACUUCCUUGCUCUGCAGCUUCACCAUCUCCUUUCCAGUGCCCAUGGCUUUCCCUGUCCAGCUUCACCCCAAGAGCCUCAGGCAUUGCCAUCCACCUCACCUAAGCCAGGCGUGCAGUAAGAACCACCAACAAGCACUUCUUCUCUUAGUAUCACACCUACCAGUCUGUGCCUCACCACUUCCCUGCAGUCUCUGCCAUUGCUCCAUCCCCCAAAGGAAGGCAAUGAUCUCUGCUCCUCAGUGCCACGUGCUGAGAAUUCCCUUCACACGUAGAUCUCCUGACCAUGACCAGCCCUGGAUCCUCCACCUCCAUAGAAAGAUGCAGCAGAAAUCACCAACGCCUUCGCUCCCCUUUCUUGGCCAAUUCCUAGGUGCCAUCUAGAUCUGAAGGUCUUCAACUAAAAUUCUGCACUGCAAAAGCAAUUACAGUGCUGACCAUCAGCAUGACACCACAGCUCUCACACCUCCUCCAGUCCCUUCUCAAGCAAACUCCUUUGAAAUCAACAAGAUCCUCCAGAGCCUUUCCUCUGCCACAGCAGGAAAAAAUGCAUCUCCCCACAACGGCCCAGGCCAACAUGCAGCCCAGGAGCUGGCUGAAAGCUUUAGUGCAAGCUGGUUUGAAGGGCAGCAGUGCUCCUUGCUGUGCCAUCCUAAGGCUUCCAUUCAAGCAAAAUAGGCUGCUUUUCACUGGUAAACCUGGGCCCUGCAUGGCUCAGCAGGGAUCAGAGAUUUCUCACGGAGCAGGCUUGCAUUUGUUCCUCUUGACCAUUUGGCCCCCCGCUGCAGAGAGGAAAACUACCUCUGUGCAGGCACUUCUGCAGUGGAGCCCGGCAGGACAGAGGACGUUCCUCUGCCUGGUGCCAAGGGGUUAAGCUCACAGUAAGUUCCCAAAGCCACUUGCUUCCAACUGGCUGCUGCCUGCGGUUUGUGGGAAGGGAUUUUGCUUUUUAAUAACAUUAUAAAUAGGGCUGUGUUCAGCAUGCUGCAAACCCAGUUACUCUCUCUCUCUUACCCAUCUCCCUCCUCCUCCCGCUUCUUCUCUUCCCACCACACCGAUUCCAGACCUGACCAUGAAUCGGUCAGGCUGCCUCCUCAGUGUCCUCAGCUUCCUGGCCUGCCUCAUCUCCGUCGUGCAAGCAUGUCCCCCGAGCUGCCACUGCCACGGUGGGGACCUGCAGCACGUCAUCUGUGACAAUGCUGGGUUGAAGAAGAUCCCCAAGGUGCCUGAGCAAACACGGCUUCUCAACCUGCAGAAGAACAAUUUCCCUGUCCUGCCGACCAAUGGCUUCCGGGACAUGAAAAAGCUGGUGUCCCUCCAUCUCCAGAGCUCACGGAUCAAGGAGAUCUCAGCCGGAGCCUUCAGAGGGCUCAAGAACCUGGUCUACCUCUACCUCACUGACAACCAGAUCAGUGUCAUAAAGCCGGGAGCCUUUGAUGACCUCUCUGAGCUCACCUACCUGUACCUGGACCAGAAUAAGAUCCCAGACUUAUCCAAAGGGAUCCUUUCCCCUCUUGUCAAUCUCUUCAUCCUGCACCUAGGCAGCAAUAAAAUCCGGGAGCUGAAAGCGGGGGUCUUCAGUGGCGCUAAAGACCUGCGCUGGCUCUUCCUCUCUGACAACUCCCUCACCAACCUCCUGCCCGGGGCCCUGGAGGACGUGGAAAAUCUCGCUGUCCUCCACCUGGACAAGAACCAGCUGAGCAGCUAUCCUGUGAGCGCAAUGAGCAAGCUGAGAGUGCUGGAGGAGCUGAAGCUUUCCCACAACCCAAUCGAGGUGAUUCCAGACAACGCUUUCCAGUCCUUUGGGCGUUACAUGCAGACUCUGCACCUGGACAACAUGAAACUGAAAAAGUUUGCAGACAACGCGUUCGCCGGCGUCACCGUUCUGAAGGCCGCACACCUGGAGAACAACCGGCUGACGCAGCUGCCCCGCAACUUCCCCUUUGACAAGAUGGAGACCCUGACGCUCUCCAGGAACGCCUGGCACUGCAACUGCCAGCUGGCACAUCUGCGCAAGUGGCUGAAAGCCAAUCGCACCCGCACGGAGGACACGUGCUCCACGCCGGCGCAGUACCGGGGGCAAUCCAUCAGGGACACCCCUGCCCUCCGCACCUGCAAGCUGCCCACCAAGAGGUCCAGGAAGGGAAGCCGCCAUUAAGCACGUAAGAGGGUCGCAGAACCAAUUCCUAGCGGUAGAUUGUAGUCACUGCUUGCACAGACCUACAGCACGCCCCAGUGCACAGUGCCACAGGGCUGCUGGCUCAGAUGUCGCUAACGAGGAGGUUGAGCUGACAUCCCAUCAGAGCUGCUCGCCCUCGCUGGCCGUGCUGGACUCCACAGGCUCGCGGAGCAGAGACGCUGCCCGGAGCAGUAGGGAUGGAAUCAGCCCCCGAAACAAACACAGACCUAACAACAGGCCUGGGACAGCAAGGAAGGGUGAAACGUGUAAUUCAGUGUCAAAUCAAGGGCGGCUUUAGCCCACUGCCAGCCUGGGGUGGAAUAACGCAGACUUUACUUUUCUAAUCGACUGGAGAUGCUCCUCCUUGCGUCCCAGUGAAGGCUCUCCCAGGUCUGGUUUGAAAACCAGGGCAAGACACAGCUGAGGAGUCUGGCCCCAGGCCACCCAGCCCAUACCUUCCAUAUGAAAAUAGAUGUCUUCCAUAGGGAGCAGUUCCCAGACCAGCACCUGCCUUUCAAUAACUGCCAUUCCCAUCCGAGACACUCAGGUAUUUAGAAAAACAAGGGCUGGUGCCUCCAAAUGAAUGUCCCAGAACAGGAAGGAUCUUUGCAAAAAUAUUCUUUGCAUAAAGCACUCUGGGCCAGAGGGUGACUCAGGAGACAGGGCCGGCUCUCCCUUGAGCAAUGGGCUUACUGACAUCUACCAAUCCAAACACCAACUGUGAACAGCGUCACACAAACACCUCCAACAGCUGGGAACUACUGAGUGUUCUAAAUUCAGAGCAAAGAGUAGCGAGGAAGCCACAGCUGUCCUCAGCUCAGCCCAAGCGUUUUGCUUUUCCUCAUCCCAGGACUGGAUCUGGAGCUUGUACAGGUUUGGAUCAACCUGACAAUGUGUAAGCUUUCGGGAAAGGGACCUUUGUUUAUUUGCUAAGUAAAGCACAGUGACCCUGCGAUGCGCUGUGCCCUUUGCUAAGGGAAAGGACUCCAAGUCCAAAGCCCACUUAGGCCAUUUGGCCCCUGUUCCCUAAGGAGAUGCACAACAGGAUGGAGAAGAUAAAUUUAUGCCUGAAGUGUCAGGGAUUAUGCCAGCAGCUCUGAGCCUUCCUAAAGUGAUAAUUUAUCUUGCAGUGCCAGAGACGUUAUGGAUUAGAGAUGGAAAUACCAGUCAUUCCAUACAGGGUGGAUAAAGUUCUGAGCAGAGAUGGAAAAACUUUGGUUCCUAAACCACAAUACUUAAAUACUUCACCUUCUUCUCUCCCUGCCUGAACUCGGUUUCAGCUCACUCCUCUAGGAAAAGAGUAAGAAAACCAUGACAAUAAUAGCUGGUUUACCUUUUGCACCUUUGGCCCAGCUCACUCUCAAAAAUUGAUAAACGUUAAUGAAAUAAAAACCAAUUUACCCCAGUCUUGCAGGAGACAAAGCUCAGUAUCUUCAGGUGUAAGAGCCACAGUGCAAGCACACAAAUCUGUUCCAACACAACUGUAGGGACACAAAGCUCCCGAGCUCACUGCGCAGCUCUCGGGAGGCGGGCAGCUUUCCCAGGUCGCAGCUCUCAGGCUUUCAGAGGCACGGUGGCUCUCACUGUCCAGGAGCCACGUGUCAGAUGAAAGGCUGUCUAUCACUUCCUAAAAGUCUGCCUGCUCUGGAGCUUCACCGCUCUUCACCCCUCAGCUGCUCUUCUCUCCCCGCCGCGGGUUUCUUCCCUUACAAAGGAAGCGCUCAGCGGCCACAAACACUUCAGGUGAAACUGGAGACACACAGCAAGUUGGCAUCAGAGGCUGCAGAUGCGACUGAUGCAUCUCCUCCAUCGUGGGAACUGGUGGUGGCUUCUUGAGUUCUAGUGCUUCUAUUUCAAUUGUAGGCUUCACUCACACAGUGUAAAAAAAAAAAACAACAAAAAACAAAUGCACAAAAGCUCCAAGUUUAAUGAUGCGCUUAAAGAUGCCCCUAAAGGUGGGAUUUUCCUUUCUUCUUCCCAGCAGGACCCGGUACGGCCUGUCCUGGUGACCGGUCACCCCAAUCAUCAGAAAACUACUGACCUCCGAGUCCUUCCUUAAGCUUCUCCUAUCUGUCAGGAAACAUAGCUGAUAUAUCUGAACACCUCCAGCCUCCUCCGAAUCCCCGCUUCUCUGCUGAUUGCAGGAUGGAAUCCACCUUUUCGCUCUUUUCCAACAUCUAUAUACUUUAAAAGAGGCAUUUUAAAAAAUAAACGAUGCAUGACCAUACUGAGAGCUAACCUAGAUCCUGCCGGUAAAGCACAGUCAUCUUUCCCAGAGGCGACGGAACCCACGUCCCAGAUCAAGCAGUUUGCCUCUGUCCCUCCCCUUCCAAUAGAAUGGAAGCAAUAGGAAGGCAGAAGCGUUCUUCCCCAGCUGCUUGAUCAGGAAGAUUGGUCUCAACCCGUGCGGUCCUCUUUCUUCCCCUGGAGGGGAUCCCUGCAGGCCAGAGCCGAGGAUGGCAGGCGCAGCAGUGCCCAGGAACCGGCGGCCCUGAGGCAGAGCUGCCCUUGGCUCCCAAAGGCAGCGACUUCCCUAAGCCAGACAGAAAUCCUUGAGUGAAGCGGUGCUGGGAAAGCCCGGAGCUGAAGCGAGCUGAAGACUGGAUUCCCUCCCACUCUGAGGGUCUACCAAGAUGUACGCGUGCCCAGGAGGAGGAGGCGUGCAGCACGCUGCCCUGCUCAGCACCCCUCCUCACCCUGCUCACAGGAUCCAGCAGGACACCAGGAUGACUGUGGUUUAUUGUCAUGGCUGUUACAAUGCCACGGUUGCAACUUAACUGUGUUUUUUAAUCCUAAAGAGUUAUAUAAAUGUAUGUAAAAAAAUAUUUAUUCCUCUGUAACUGAGUGUAAAUGACCCUCAAGAGGAUGAAAACUCCUCUGUCUCCUAUAUAGAAAUCAAAUUGUAUAUUUUCUUAUGUACAUCUUCUGUAUAAAGCUCUCGCUGCAAAGAUGAACUCAACAAGUCUCCCGGUGUCUGUCCGAGGGCUGGGGAUGGGAGAUAACACGAGACUGGUGGUACAAACAUAGACUUAAUCCUCUUUAUCCUAUGGGCAGGAUGCCUGCUUGUGAGGGGAGGGGCUUAUCAUCCCUUUUUCUACAAAGCAGGAACGCAUAUAACGAGCCCCAGGCAGCUGUGGUCAUGUCUGGAAAUAUUCCGUAAAGUUAAACUCAGGCCCACUAUAAAAAUAGGCAUCUGUCACCUACUGGAGUCCAGGGAAUGGCAUCAAGGCUGCCUGUGGUGUUCAUGAAGGACUUCGUAUCCAGGAAAAAGCUCUGGCCGCUUCUCAGACGGCUCAGGACAGAUGCCCUGGACUCUGCCAGUCCUUUCCAGAGCAUGCAGUCAUCCCUAUAAAUGUCCCAGUCCUGGCAAGGUCUGGGUCUGCCAAUAAUAACAGCCUAACCUGACUCAUGUGCUCAUCCAUCACAACAGUGCACUUCCUCAGCAUUUGCAAGCAAUGUGGCACCGAGGUGAAAUUUGUUUCUGUUAAAGUAAAACAAAAAGGCUCUUUUCUGGCUCAUUCCCUUGCAGGCAUAAAACCACUCCAAUGCAAUGCUGCACAGUACCUGAGAAAGAGUGAAAUUGGACUCAAACACAAAGUGGGGGCACAGACGACACAGCGCACGCCUUCAGACCCCCCAGUGAAACGUCACCCAGGCCCCAGCGCCCCACGGGCCGAUGGCCCCCACAGGGGGGUGCGUGGAAAUGCGACGGCGCAGAAGAACAGGUGCUGCAGCACAGGCUGUGGUUCUGACAGAGCAACGCUUGGUGCCACGCAUGGACUGAACCGCUCCCACGUUCAGACACACAGCACGCGUGGGAUUUUGUAUCUGUGCGCCGUCCAGGGCAGAGGAAGAAACCUCGCAGCAGAGUGAGCAAUGCAACCCCCACACCCAAACGAACCACAGACUCCUCUCCCAAAGUCAUUCGUCCUUGCAGCUUGUGCAGAGGUGGAAGGGUUUACAAAAUUGAAACAUGCCAACAGAAGUUCGGCCUCUGGUACUCCAUGAAGUGCUUCUCACCAGGCUGCCUCCCCAGGCGCCCCAGAGGACAGCAGGCACAAUUCCCCCCUCCCAGCCCCACUGCGCAGCCUCUCCGCAGCCCGGCCUCACACCACGUUCCACCACCUGACCACAGCAGCUCUGGCACAGCUGCUGCCCAGAGGUGCCCCAUCUCGUGUUCUGGCCACAACAAAGAGCUCUUGCAGCUUUUGCACAGCAGCCACA